AUGGAGUCUGGAUGUCGCUGCGGCUCCAUUGACCCUGUGGUCGACUUCGCCGAACAGCCACAGUACAAACAGGGUCGCGGCUACCGUCCCCAAGAUUGUGCAUCCAGCCCCAGUUCCGGUUCCCAGGAUGGCGCAUACAGCUCCAGUUCCGGAGCUUCACUGCUGCCGGCAGUUCUUCAGUUGUGUGAACGUUCCUCAGUUUCGGCUCCAAGAAAAGGAGAAGUACCAGCAGAGCACUUCCCCGUAAGUUCAGAGUUCCUCCAUGUUUUUGUUUCGUUCGUCGCCAACAGUUUUCAAUUCCAUGUCUUGCAGUCCGUAAGAGGAUUUAGACUUACCAGAAUUGCAAGAACUGCAACAGCGAGCGUAAAUGCCAAAGGUUUUUGGCGCUUGGCGGCGGUGAGGCGUGCCCCCUUCUGGUUCGUCGUUUCCGACGUCGAGAAGGACGGGAUGUCAAUGAUGGGAGACGAGAUUGACUACAUGAAGGAGCCACUGCAGCGGAAGAUGCAGGAGCAGCCACACGAUGCUGACACGGCGGUGGUGUUGUUGAGCCUCUUCCUGGAAUCAAACCUAAACGAGAUGAAGCUAGGAGAGGGCGACACCCAGGUGGAGAUGUACUGUGCCGCCAAAUCAUACAUUUUUGAGGUUUCUAUGGGGAUCCUUCAGGUGUUCCUCAACUUUCGUCUUUAGAUGAUGAAUGUGAUUCUUCUGCUGGUUGGCUUGAGCACAAGGGCCAUUCGAGAUCACUGGGAGGAAGCCCUGUUGGCCUCGCUA